AUGGCUGAAAUUUUUGUACGAUGUGGUAAUUUUAUAAUGGUACCAAAUCAAUUAACACGUCUUGCUUAUGAUUCAGAGUCAUCUGAUCUUCUUCCAGCAUGUGUAAUUCAAUUCUGGAAACCUAUUAUUCAAUUAAUUCUUAAUGAUAAUAAUCUUAUUUCAUUAAUUAUUGAUAAAAUAUUAAAUUUUAUAACUGAUUAUUAUCGAUUAUCAUCAAAUGAUUUUUCAAUAAUUGAUCGACAAAGAAUUGGUUGGAUUUUUUAUUUAAUUGAACAAUCAUCAACUAAACUUGAUCUUUGUUCAAUAUUUAUACGAUUAGUACGUAUUCUUCAACCAUGGUUUGCUGAAUCACUUUCACAAAUGGUUGUUCGUAUGUCGGAUGAUAUGAAUGGAACUCGACAACCAUUAAUUAGUGAACAAAAACGUGAUACACUUCUUCGAACGAUUUCUAUGUUUGCUAAUCCAUUUGAAAAUAUUAAUAAUGAACAAUCAACAAUAGUUUCAUCACUUGAAAUUUUACCACGUAAUGAAUUAUAUAAAAAAGAAAUAACUAUGUUUAAGAAACGUACAACUUUAGCUGACGUUCCAGCUGGUUUACUCAAUAAUGAAGAUGAACAAAAUUUAGAAAUGAAUAUUGAUCUUUCAAGAACUGAUCGAAAUUUUCUUGGUUGUACAACUAAACGAAUAUUAGUGGAUUCAUUACCAAUGAAAAGAAAAAGAAAAAGUUCACCUUCAAUUGAUUCAAAGUUUUUUCAUGAUCUAAUUUAUCCUCGACAUCAUUAUCGAUAUUGA